AUGUCAUCGGCGAUGUCCUUGCUUGAUCUCGUCACAAGUCUGGGGGCAAAACUGGAAUCAGCUGUUGAAUAUCACGGAAGCGCACGUCUGGAGUUGCACCACCUACCAUUCGACGUACUACAGCAGUUAUCCGACAUGCUUCCUCGCCUUCAACUCUCCGUGAUGCGAGCGCAAAAUGUCCACUCGAGCAUCAAUCGUCUACCCAUAGAAAUCCUCGCUCACAUCUUCGAAUUAGCGAAGACGAGCGAUUGGAGGGUAUACGGUGACCAGCAAUCCGGUCGCAUCGUGCGGAUGUCGCUAGUAUGUCGACAUUGGCGGCACGUCGCCCUCGGAUUUCCCUCCCUAUGGUCGACUAUUCAACUGCGCCACGAGUCGACUUACAACUUCGAAUUUGCUGCCCUCUGCCUCGAACGGUCCAGAUACUCUCCGCUCACCAUCGUCAUUUCGACAUUAUUUCGGGGACCGCAAAUAGGAGAAUUUUUAGCUCCUUACGCCUCAAGAAUACGGGGCGUUAUGCUCCUUGUACCGUUUCGGUAUGCCUCCACGAACGUCGGCUCCUAUAUUCUUUCCACGUGUCGGUUUUCUGCACCCAAUCUUCAAAGUUUGCGCAUUUCUGCGCCGACCUGGGCCGCUAACGCGCCUCCCGUCCUUCCAACGCUCUUCAAUGACAACAUCCCUAAUCUCAAGCAACUUCACAUCGAAUCCUUCUCGUCCUGGCCAGGGCAUUGCUUCACUCGCCUCGCUCACCUUGCCAUUAGUUGUCAGUCGCAAUAUGAGCAUCGAUCGUCCAUGACGAAUAUGCUGGACGUCCUCGAGGCCAACCCGCUUUUGGAAGAAAUCCUCGUUGACGAUGCCUGCCCUUCGCUUGAGAGCCUCGCUGGUCGACCACGGGUUCGCCUCCCCCGCCUACGUCUCAUAUGUUUCAUUGUCUCUCUGUCAGAUAGCGAGCUACCGUCUCAACUUCUGUCACAUCUCGACCUGCCGCGGGAAGCGACGAUCCGCAUCCACCUCGACAUGAUGCACACGGCCGAACAGAGCGCAUUAUCACCAUUUCCCACCGAUCUUCGUCCUCUCGCCGCGUUCACCUCUGUGGACCAUCUCAUCCUCCGAGACGACGUCGUGGUGUUCAACGAACCCAGCCUUCUCUGCGCUGCUGUUGGGGCAGACUCCGGCGUCGCCGUAUCGCACAGACUACGAAACGCCGAUCCGUACGGAAAGUGGUGCCAUAAAGCAGUACAGAGUUUCUUCGAACCCGUCUCUUGCGCUUCCAUACGGAGCCUAUGGCUUGCGAUGAAUCGCACUGCAGACGGGUUCGGAGUAGACGAGUGGAGAAGCGUCUUUGACGCAUUGCCGGAUUUGGAGGAGCUCACCAUCAUCGACCAUCACCUACCACCCAUUAUCGCUGCACUUCGUCCCGUGAAUGACGUCGGACCUUUUCCAGUACCGAAGCUAGCAAAACUGCGACUGAUUCGUCCGCGGGCGUUGGACGUGAACAUUCUUACUCGUACGGCCGAGGAACGCAGGCGCCUCGCCCGUCCCAUCACGAGCAUCCAUCUUCUUCCGAACAUAACAUUGAAGGCGGCCC